AUGUUUGAACCAUUCUGGGGUCCUCAGACCUCUUAUCUAAAUUUCUGUGAAGAGGAUUAUACGAUUACUCGAUAUAUCGCAGAGUUCAUCAACACCAUCAGUAGUCUUACAUAUGUGGCAUAUGGACUCUAUGGCUUGCUGACUUCACCCAAGUUCCCCACGGGUCCCCGGCUAAUCUCAUACUGCGGACUCAUGGGUGUUGGAAUUUGUUCUGCUGGCUAUCACAUGACGUUGAAGUAUCACACUCAAAUGUCUGAUGAACUUUCGAUGCACUUGCUCACCACACCUCUUAUCUACCGUCUCCUCACGUUCAAAGCUUCGCCUGAAAAGACUCGACUCAUUGGAAUCAUUCUUUCGACACUAUUCACUAUUGUUAUGGUGACGCACAUGGUGAUGGAUGAGUUUCUGUUGCACGCUACUACCUUUGGUUUAGGUGUCUAUAUCAUUGCGACGCGGGUAUUGAAAGUCAUACCCCAGCAGGUGAAAGAUCCUGUCACUAAGAAGAAUUUUCAAAAUAUUGCCACACUUGGCCUUGGAUCAUUUGUCUUUGGCUAUGUUGUUUGGUUGAUCGAUGAAUUUGCCUGUCGUUAUUUGACCAGUGCACGGCAUACUAUCGGUCUACCUUUCGCUUUCCUCCUCGAAUUACACGGAUGGUGGCAUGUUCUCACUGCCAUUGGAGGGUACACUGCCGUUGCAGUCAUCGACGUGGUCACGACGGGAGAAGUAACGGACGAUCCGACGGAUACUUUUGCUUGGCCGGUUCCUCUUGCGGUAAAGCUCAUGUCUGGCAAUUCUGACUCAGUGAAGAAAGAGUAG